AUGAUACGUUUAUACCACUAUAACAAAAUAUUUCUACGGAGAGCAUUACGCUGGAAUUCCAAUCUAACAAUCAACAAAAAAUUAAAUAUAGGUCAUCUAAAUCUUGAGAACAACUCUGAACAUUGGGAGUUAGUUGAGGACAUUGCAAGGAAGGACACGAUUGAUCGAAGUAAACUACUAGAAAGAUACAUCUCUAAUAGUGACCAUAAUGAGUUAGAUUCCGAUUCAUUUUCUAGAUUUGAUCCCAAAACUUUAAAAGGUCAUACCCCUCGUGACUCUGUUCAUCUAAACCCAGAUGUUGCCAAAGUUAUUCAAAAUAAUAUCUUAUCCUUGCAAAUACCGGCUAAUAUAAGAAGAUCAGCUUCCAAUUACUUUGUCUAUUUGCAUAAACAUUCGGUACAUAAGCCAACUUCCACUAAAAUGGAGGUUGAUGCACAUAUUGCUGCAUUAUUCCUACAUAACUACACCUCUAUAUAUCAGGCUUUAGCAGAAUUGAAAAAAAGAAUUGGUACUGAGAAUUUCAAACCACAACGUAUACUAGAAGUAGGGUAUGGACCUGCUGCUGGUAUUAUUGCAUUUAAUGAUAUAAUGGGACCCGGAUAUAGACCUGAAAAGAAAGACGCAGUUAUUCUAGGCCAUCUAGAUAUGCUGAGAAAGGCAAAGCUCAUAUUAAGUCGUCAAUAUAACGAGAUACCGAAUGAAUUAUUGGUUCCAAAUACAAAAAUAAAAUAUGAUGAAGCCGUAGUUGAGCAAGAAACAGAUAAUGAAAACUUAAAUGAACUGAAUAAUGAGCCUGAUGUAAUACAAUCUUCAUCUGAAUCAGAUGAUUUAAUAGGGGAAGUAAUGAUAAAAAAAAUUAAAAUAGUUACCAAUUUAAACUCAAAGAUCCCUGCCUCUGGUUCGUAUGAUUUGAUUAUUUUAACUCAUCAACUGUUGAGAGAUGAAGAAAGAUUUCCAGCACAAGUUGAUCAACUGACUACACAUUAUUUGAGUUUAUUGAGCCCUGGUGGUCACCUUAUUAUUAUUGAAAGAGGAAACCCAACAGGAUUUGAAAUUAUAGAAAGAGCUAGACAAAUUAUGUUAAGACCUGAAAAUUAUCCAGAAGAAGAGGGUAAGAUUCCCCGACCAUGGCUACGUGGGUCUUCUGUUAAAUCGACUACCUCAUCUAAGUACAAGGACACUGAGCUUGAAUUUUUUGAAGAUUUUGAAGUUUAUGAUUCUAAGGAUUUGGACAAACAAAUCUCCAUGUCAGACUUGGAAGAAUCUAAUAAUAAUAUUUGUAAGGAUGAAAUUGCAAAUGAAACUACAAAUGAAGCUACCAAGGAUGAAGUUGAUUAUCAUAUAAAGGUAAUCGCACCUUGUCAGCACCAUAGUAAAUCACCUUUACAAAUAGGAAAUCCAAAGUAUUACACAACAAAGGAAGGUAAGAAUUUGAAAAUAAUCACCUUCCAAAAAACAGUUCAAAGACCAAAAUUCACUAUGGAAUUAAAGAAAGGUAAAAUAUUAGCAACUAAGUGGGCUAUGCCACUAGAUGGUAUCGGAAUGGAUAAUAUCGCACAGCCCGGUACAGGAAGGCCUAAUGGUAGGAACUAUGAAAAUGUCAAUUAUUCAUACCUGAUAAUUCAAAGAUCAUUAAACGACAAGGAGACAAUAAAGCAAAUAAAUGAAGAUCGCGAGAAUGGUCGACCAUCGAAAUCGAAUGAGGAAGAUACUUGGCCAAGAAUCAUUGGUCCACCAAUGAAAUCAAAAGGUUUUGUAAGCUUACAAGUUUGUACACCACUGGGAAAAAUAGAGAAAUGGAUCAUCCCUAAAUCCUAUUCUAAAAUUGCAUAUCAUGAUGCUAGAAAGGCUAUAAAGGGUGAUUUAUGGGCUCUAGGAGCUAAGACUAAAAUCCCAGGUAUUGGUGGUAUUAACGUGGAAAAAUUGGAAAAAGCUUGGAAGCAAGAAUUAAAAUUAAAGAAAAAAGAAGCCAAAAGAAAAGAUUAUAAGAUAUCUGAAAUGAAACAAUCAUUUGAUGAUGAUUCAAGCAUUCCCGAUUCUAGUGCAUCUACUGAAGAUAGAAUUACAUACUUAGACAAUAACAUCAAAAAGAUGGCAAAAGUUUAUGAGCAUGAAUUUUAUCAAGCUAACAGAAAGAAAGAUAAAAAAUAUAAGAAGUCCAGACCCCUAAUAUGA